AUGUGGAUCAUAAUUUCUAUUGUUGCUAUUAUGUCGAUCAUAAUUAUUCCACCAUCUAUCGUAUUAACAAAAAAAACAAAUAUUAAUAAAUCGACAACAACAAAAUCAUCAAUAGCAGAAAUCAUUACAACACCAAAAGAACCGACAACGUCAUCAGCAACAGCGACCACAACAACAACAAAAACAACAAAUACAACAGCAAAUCCAUCUCUUUCAUUCAAUCAACCAAUGUUUUCUGCAACACCCCUUUGGAAUUCAAAUGGAAUUACUAUUGCUAACCAAUCGAUUGUUGGUCGCGUUCCUAUGGCCAUUUUUGUGAGCACAGAUAAUACAAUUUAUGUCGCUAAUGAAGAUAACAAGACAAUUGUAAUAUGGCAUGAAGAGAGUGGCAAUCCAACAAAGAUCAUUCACGGUAAUUUUACAGAACCGUAUUCUC